UUGGAAUGCUGCCGUAAGCCUGGCUAAAGGUGCCCGAGAUCACCUCAGACGAGGAAGCCCUGCGUGCUUGAGAAGAUCUUUUUAAAUGCAUUAUGGCUCAUGCAGCCUCACAAUUAAAGAAAAACAGGGAUUUAGAAAUCAAUGCUGAAGAAGAGACUGAGAAAAAAAGGAAACACCGCAAACGGUCCCGGGAUCGGAAGAAAAAGUCUGAUGCCAAUGCAAGUUACUUAAGAGCAGCUCGAGCUGGACACCUGGAAAAGGCUCUCGACUACAUAAAAAAUGGGGUUGACAUCAAUAUUUGCAAUCAGAACGGGUUGAACGCUCUUCAUCUUGCUUCCAAAGAAGGCCAUGUGGAAGUUGUUUCUGAACUACUACAGAGAGAAGCCAAUGUGGAUGCAGCUACGAAGAAAGGAAACACAGCCUUGCAUAUAGCAUCUUUGGCCGGGCAAGCAGAGGUAGUAAAGGUCUUGGUUACAAAUGGAGCCAAUGUCAAUGCACAAUCUCAGAAUGGUUUCACGCCAUUGUAUAUGGCAGCCCAGGAAAACCACCUGGAAGUUGUCAAGUUUCUUCUUGACAAUGGUGCAAGCCAGAGCCUAGCCACAGAGGAUGGCUUCACACCGUUGGCAGUAGCUUUGCAACAAGGUCAUGAUCAAGUAGUUUCCCUCCUGCUAGAAAAUGACACUAAAGGGAAAGUGCGUCUUCCAGCUCUUCACAUUGCUGCCCGGAAAGACGACACGAAGGCCGCAGCCCUGCUGCUGCAGAAUGACAACAAUGCGGACAUAGAGUCAAAGAGUGGCUUCACUCCGCUCCACAUAGCUGCUCACUAUGGAAAUAUCAAUGUAGCCACGUUGCUGUUAAACCGAGCGGCUGCUGUGGACUUCACUGCGAGGAAUGACAUCACACCUUUACAUGUUGCAUCAAAAAGAGGAAAUGCCAACAUGGUAAAACUAUUGCUUGACCGAGGAGCUAAAAUCGAUGCCAAAACGAGGGACGGUCUAACGCCCCUGCACUGUGGAGCAAGGAGUGGCCAUGAGCAGGUGGUGGAAAUGCUGCUCGAUCGAGCUGCCCCCAUUCUUUCAAAAACCAAGAAUGGAUUAUCUCCACUGCACAUGGCCACACAAGGGGAUCAUUUAAACUGCGUCCAGCUUCUCCUCCAGCAUAACGUGCCCGUGGAUGACGUCACCAAUGACUACCUGACCGCCCUGCACGUGGCUGCCCACUGUGGCCAUUACAAAGUCGCCAAGGUUCUCCUGGACAAGAAAGCUAACCCCAAUGCCAAAGCCCUGAAUGGCUUUACCCCUCUUCAUAUUGCCUGCAAGAAGAACCGAAUUAAAGUAAUGGAACUCCUUCUGAAACACGGUGCAUCCAUCCAAGCCGUAACCGAGUCGGGCCUUACCCCAAUCCAUGUUGCUGCCUUCAUGGGGCAUGUAAAUAUCGUAUCACAAUUAAUGCAUCAUGGAGCCUCACCAAACACCACCAAUGUGAGAGGAGAAACAGCACUGCACAUGGCAGCUCGAUCUGGCCAAGCCGAAGUCGUGAGGUACCUGGUACAAGACGGAGCUCAGGUAGAAGCGAAAGCCAAGGAUGACCAAACCCCACUCCACAUUUCUGCCCGACUGGGGAAGGCAGAUAUAGUACAACAGCUGUUGCAGCAAGGAGCAUCUCCAAAUGCAGCCACGACUUCUGGGUACACCCCACUCCACCUUUCGGCCCGAGAGGGACAUGAGGAUGUAGCUGCAUUCCUUUUGGAUCAUGGCGCAUCUCUAUCUAUAACAACAAAGAAAGGAUUUACUCCCCUUCACGUGGCAGCAAAAUACGGGAAGCUAGAAGUAGCUAAUCUCCUGCUACAGAAAAGUGCCUCUCCAGAUGCUGCUGGGAAGAGCGGGCUAACUCCACUGCAUGUAGCUGCACAUUACGAUAAUCAGAAAGUGGCCCUCCUGCUUUUGGACCAAGGAGCCUCACCUCACGCGGCCGCAAAGAAUGGUUAUACUCCGCUGCACAUUGCUGCCAAAAAGAACCAGAUGGACAUAGCGACGACUCUGCUGGAAUAUGGUGCUGAUGCAAAUGCGGUUACCCGGCAAGGAAUUGCUUCCGUCCAUCUCGCAGCUCAGGAAGGACACGUGGACAUGGUGUCACUGCUCCUUGGCAGAAACGCUAAUGUGAACCUGAGCAAUAAGAGUGGCCUGACCCCGCUCCAUUUGGCUGCUCAAGAAGACAGAGUGAAUGUGGCCGAAGUCCUCGUAAACCAAGGGGCAAAUGUGGAUGCCCAGACAAAGAUGGGAUACACACCUUUACAUGUAGGCUGCCACUAUGGAAACAUCAAGAUUGUUAAUUUCCUGCUCCAGCAUUCUGCAAAAGUUAAUGCCAGAACAAAGAAUGGGUAUACGCCGUUACAUCAAGCAGCUCAACAGGGACACACGCAUAUAAUAAACGUCUUGCUUCAGAACAAUGCUUCCCCCAAUGAACUCACUGUGAAUGGGAACACUGCCCUAGCCAUUGCCCGGAGGCUUGGCUACAUCUCUGUGGUCGACACCCUGAAGGUAGUGACUGAAGAAACCAUGACCACGACUACUAUCAUAGAGAAGCACAAAAUGAAUGUUCCAGAAACGAUGAAUGAAGUUCUUGAUAUGUCUGACGAUGAAGUUCGUAAAGCCAACGCCCCUGAAAUGCUCAGUGAUGGUGACUAUAUCUCAGAUGUUGAAGAAGGUGAAGAUGCCAUGACAGGGGACACGGACAAGUAUCUGGGGCCACAGGACCUGAAAGAGCUGGGCGAUGACUCUCUCCCCGCCGAGGGCUACAUGGGCUUCAGUCUCGGGGCCCGGUCCGCCAGCCUCCGCUCCUUCAGUUCGGAUAGGUCGUACACCUUGAACAGAAGUUCCUAUGCGCGGGACAGCAUGAUGAUUGAAGAACUCCUUGUGCCAUCCAAAGAGCAGCAUCUAACAUUCACAAGAGAAUUUGAUUCAGAUUCUCUAAGACAUUAUAGCUGGGCUGCAGAUACUUUGGACAAUGUCAAUCUUGUCUCAAGUCCUGUUCAUUCUGGGUUUCUGGUUAGCUUCAUGGUGGAUGCAAGAGGCGGCUCCAUGAGAGGGAGCCGUCACCACGGGAUGAGAAUCAUCAUCCCGCCACGCAAGUGUACGGCCCCCACCCGAAUCACCUGCCGACUGGUAAAGAGACAUAAACUGGCCAACCCACCCCCCAUGGUGGAAGGAGAGGGAUUAGCCAGUAGGCUGGUAGAAAUGGGUCCUGCAGGGGCACAAUUUUUAGGCCCUGUCAUAGUGGAAAUCCCUCACUUUGGGUCUAUGCGAGGAAAAGAAAGAGAACUCAUUGUUCUUCGAAGUGAAAAUGGUGAGACGUGGAAGGAGCAUCAGUUUGACAGUAAAAAUGAAGAUUUAACUGAACUACUUAAUGGCAUGGAUGAAGAACUUGACAGCCCAGAAGAGCUAGGGAAAAAGCGCAUCUGCAGGAUUAUCACAAAGGACUUCCCCCAGUAUUUUGCAGUGGUUUCAAGGAUUAAGCAAGAAAGCAACCAGAUUGGUCCUGAAGGUGGAAUUCUGAGCAGCACCACUGUACCCCUCGUCCAGGCUUCUUUCCCAGAGGGUGCUUUAACCAAAAGAAUUCGAGUUGGCCUCCAGGCUCAGCCUGUUCCAGAUGAAAUUGUGAAAAAGAUCCUUGGAAACAAAGCCACCUUUAGCCCAAUCGUCACUGUGGAACCGAGAAGAAGGAAGUUCCAUAAACCUAUCACAAUGAGCAUUCCGGUGCCCCCGCCCUCCGGUGAAGGGGGAGUCAACGGGUACCAGGGGGACAGCACGCCCAAUCUGCGCCUGCUCUGCAGCAUUACAGGGGGCACCUCGCCUGCUCAGUGGGAAGACAUCACUGGAACUACUCCCCUGACAUUCAUCAAGGAUUGUGUCUCUUUUACAACCAAUGUUUCAGCCAGAUUUUGGCUUGCAGACUGCCAUCAAGUUUUAGAAACUGUGGGGUUAGCCACACAACUGUACAGAGAAUUAAUAUGUGUUCCAUAUAUGGCCAAGUUUGUUGUUUUUGCCAAAAUGAAUGAUCCUGUAGAAUCCUCCCUGCGCUGUUUCUGCAUGACAGAUGACAAAGUGGACAAAACUUUAGAACAGCAAGAGAACUUUGAGGAAGUUGCAAGAAGCAAAGAUAUUGAGGUUCUGGAAGGAAAACCUAUUUAUGUUGAUUGUUAUGGAAAUCUGGCCCCACUUACCAAAGGAGGACAGCAACUUGUUUUUAACUUUUAUGCUUUCAAAGAAAAUAGACUGCCAUUUUCCAUCAAGAUUAGAGACACCAGCCAAGAGCCCUGUGGUCGUCUGUCUUUUCUGAAAGAACCAAAGACAACAAAAGGACUGCCUCAAACAGCUGUUUGCAACUUAAAUAUCACUCUGCCAGCGCAUAAAAAGGAGACAGAGUCAGAUCAAGAUGAUGAGGCCGAGAAAGCAGAUAGACGACAGAGCUUUGCAUCUUUAGCUUUACGUAAGCGCUACAGCUACUUGACUGAGCCUGGAAUGAUUGAACGGAGUGCAGGAGCAACAAGAUCCCUCCCCACCACUUACUCAUACAAGCCAUUCUUUUCUACAAGACCAUACCAGUCCUGGACAACAGCUCCGAUUACAGUGCCUGGGCCAGCCAAGUCAGGCUUCACUUCCUUAUCAAGCUCUUCCUCUAAUACACCAUCAGCUUCUCCGUUAAAGUCCAUAUGGUCUGUUUCGACUCCUUCUCCAAUCAAAUCCACGUUAGGCGCGUCAACUACAUCUUCAGUUAAAUCCAUUAGUGAUGUGGCAUCUCCAAUUAGAUCCUUUCGGACAAUUUCUUCACCGAUAAAAACAGUGGUGUCACAAUCUCCAUACAAUAUCCAAGUUUCCUCUGGUACCCUGGUUAGAGCUCCCACCGUCCCAGAGGCCUCGCCUUUAAAAGGGCUGGCGUCCAAUUCUACAUUUUCCUCCCGCACCUCUCCAGUGACUACGGCAGGUUCUCUUUUGGAGAGGUCGUCCAUUACUAUGACACCCCCUGCCUCCCCCAAGUCAAACAUUCAUAUGUAUUCCUCAAGUUUGCCAUUUAAGUCGAUUAUUACAUCAGCAGCACCGCUCAUAUCUUCACCUCUAAAGUCAGUGCUGUCUCCAGCCAAAUCAGCAGUUGAUGUCAUUUCAUCGGCGAAAGUCACCAUGGCCUCUUCUCUCUCAUCACCAGUGAAACAGAUACCUGGACACGCAGAGGUAGCAUUAGUCAACGGAUCAAUUUCCCCCCUGAAAUAUCCGUCAUCUUCAACUUUAAUUAAUGGAUGCAAAGCCACUGCCACGUUACAGGAAAAAAUUUCUACCGCUACAAACUCUGUGAGCUCUGUGGUUAACGCAGCCACUGACACAGUUGAGAAAGUGCUUUCUACCACGACAGCAAUGCCAUUUUCCCCACUCAGGUCAUAUGUUUCUCCAACACCAUCAGCUUUUCAGUCCCUAAGAACUCCUCCCGCAAGUGCACUCUAUACAUCCCUUGGGUCGUCAAUAUCUGCAACUACCUCAUCUGUAACGUCAUCGAUAAUAACAGUGCCAGUAUACUCUGUAGUCAAUGUUUUGCCCGAACCAGCAUUAAAGAAACUUCCAGACUCUAGUUCACUUACAAAAUCAGCAGCAGCCUUGCUGUCACCCGUUAAAACAUUGACUACGGAGACACGCCCUCAGUCCCAUGUCAGUCGAACUUCAUCUCCACUUAAGUCGUCUUUGUUCCUUGCACCCUCUGCCCUUAAGCUGUCUACACCAUCUUCUUUAUCUUCCAGUCAGGAGAUAUUAAAAGACGUGGCUGAAAUGAAGGAGGACCUAAUGCGGAUGACUGCAAUACUACAAACAGACGUGCCUGAGGAGAAGCCAUUCCAACCUAACCUCCCAAAAGAGGGGAGGAUAGACGAUGAAGAACCUUUCAAAAUUGUUGAGAAAGUAAAGGAAGACUUAGUGAAAGUGAGUGAAAUCCUUAAGAAAGAUGUGUGUGUAGAUAACAAAGGACCACCCAAAUCACCAAAGAGUGACAAAGGACUCUCUCCCGAAGACGACUGGAUAGAAUUCAGUUCAGAAGAAAUAAGAGAAGCCAGACAACAAGCCACAGUGAGCCAUUCUCCAUCUCUGCCCGAGAGAGUGCAAGUGAAAGCAAAAGCCGCCUCCGAGAAGGAUUAUAACUUGACCAAAGUCAUUGAUUACUUAACAAACGAUAUUGGAAGUAGUUCACUGACAAAUCUAAAGUAUAAGUUUGAGGACGCAAAGAAAGAUGGUGAAGAGAGACAGAAAAGGAUUUUAAAGCCCGCGAUCGCCUUGCAGGAACACAAACUCAAAAUGCCUCCAGCCUCCAUGAGGCCUUCGACCUCUGAGAAAGAGUUGUGUAAGAUGGCUGAUUCCUUUUUUGGAACAGACACAAUUUUAGAGUCUCCGGAUGACUUUUCUCAACAUGACCAAGACAAAAGCCCCUUGUCUGACAGUGGCUUUGAAACGAGAAGCGAGAAGACACCUUCAGCCCCACAGAGCGCUGAAAGCACUGGUCCUAAGCCACUCUUUCAUGAAGUCCCCAUCCCUCCCGUCAUCACAGAAACGAGAACUGAAGUGGUGCAUGUUAUCAGGAGCUAUGAGCCCUCAGCUGGAGACGCUCCCCCGGGCCAACCGGAGGAGCCUGUGUCACCCAAACCUUCACCUACUUUUACAGAAUUGGAACCCAAGCCCACUGCCUCUAGUAUUAAGGAUAAAGUUAAAGCAUUUCAAAUGAAAGCCAAUGGUGAAGACGACGACCACAGCCGAGUCUUGAGCAAAGGCAUGCGUGUUAAAGAAGAGACGCACAUCACCACAACCACCAGAAUGGUCUAUCAUUCUCCACCGGGCAGCGAAGGCGCCUCUGAGAGAAUCGAGGAAACCAUGUCAGUCCAUGACAUCAUGAAGGCCUUUCAGUCCGGGCGGGACCCUUCCAAAGAACUGGCGGGGCUGUUUGAGCAUAAGUCGGCAGUGCCUCCAGACGUUCACAAGUCUGCUGCUGAAACUGCAGCCCAACAUGCAGAGAAGGACAACCAAAUGAAACCCAAACUGGAGCGUGUAAUAGAAGUCCACAUCGAAAAAGGUAACCAAGCUGAGCCCACUGAAGUCAUUAUUAGAGAAACCAAAAAGCAUCCAGAAAAGGAAAUGUAUGUAUAUCAGAAAGACUUAUCCCGGGGAGAUAUUAACCUAAAAGAUUUUCUGCCAGAAAAACACGAUGCUUUUCCUUGUCCAGAGGAACAGGGUCAGCAAGAAGAAGAGGAACUUACUGCUGAAGAGUCACUGCCUUCUUAUCUGGAGUCUUCCAGAGUAAACACUCCUGUGUCCCAAGAAGAAGACAGUCGCCCUAGUUCUGCUCAACUCAUAUCUGAUGACUCUUAUAAAACGUUGAAGCUUUUAAGUCAGCACUCAAUAGAAUACCAUGACGAUGAGUUGUCAGAACUAAGAGGGGAGUCUUACAGGUUUGCUGAGAAAAUGCUUCUGUCAGAAAAGCUAGAUGUGUCUCACUCUGAUACCGAGGAAUCAGUUACAGACCAUGCAGGAACCCCUAGCUCAGAGUUACAGGGGUCUGAUAAGCGGCCCAGAGAAAAAGUAGUCACUGCCCCCAAAAAAGAAAUUCUCUCCAAAAUCUAUAAAGAUGUGUCUGAAAAUGGUGUAGGUAAAGUGUCUAAAGAUGAGCAUUUUGAUAAAGUGACAGUGUUGCACUAUUCUGGCGAUGUUAGUAGUCCAAAGCAUGCCAUGUGGAUGCGCUUUGCUGAGGACAGAUUAGACAGAGGUAGAGAGAAGUUGAUAUAUGAAGAUAGGGUGGACAGGACUGUGAAGGAAGCUGAAGAAAAACUGACUCAAGUGUCACAGUUUUUUCGUGACAAAACCGAAAAGCUAAAUGACGAACUGCAGUCCCCAGAGAAAAAGCCACGCCCUCGAAAUGGCAAAGAAUACUCUUCUCAGAGCUCUACCACUAGCAGCCCCGAGAAGGUCCUGCUGACAGAACUGUUGGCAUCCAAUGAUGAGUGGGUUAAGGCGAGGCAACACGGCCAUGACGGACAAGGCUUCCCCAAAGCCGAUGAGAAAGCAUCCAGUCUGCCCAGCAGCCCGGAGAAGAAGGUGCUCUCCCCUCAGCCCGAGGACAGCAAGUCCCCAGAGGAAGCCAGAGAAAGCAUCUCGCAGAGCAAGGCACCAGAAGGGCCCCAGUCCGGGUUUCAGCUCAAACAAUCUAAGCUCAGUUCCAUUAGAUUGAAAUUUGAACAAGGCGCACAGGCAAAAAGUAAGGACGUGUCUCAAGAAGACAGAAAGCUGGAGGGCCAGUCAAGAAUCCCAAUUAAAAAAAUCCAGGAGAGCAAGCUGCCUGUGUACCAGGUUUUUGCUAGAGAAAAGCAGCAGAAGGCCGUAGACCUCUCAGACGAAAGCGCGUCUGUGCGAAACGAUGUGAUGGUGCUAAAGGCUAAGGACGAGCCUGCGCAGAGCAACGAGAUUCUUGUAAAUGAUUCUGGUCCUGAGGAUGUGAAAGCACAGAGGACUGAAAUGUCAAGUAAAGCAGUGCCUGACUAUUUUUCUGAGCAACAGGCUAAAGACUUGGCGUGUCAUGUAACCUCAGAGUUAGCUACUAAGGGACCAUGGGACAAAAAGGUCUUUAGAACGUGGGAAAGUGCUGGAGCCACUAACAAUAAGUCGCAGAAAGAAAAACUUUCGCAUGUACUUGUUCAUGAUGUAAGAGAGAAUCACAUUGGUCACCCUGAGAGUAAGAUUGUUGAUCAAAGGAAUGAGUUUAUGUCUGUGACUGAGAGAGAACACAAGUUGUUAACGAAUGGCUCUCUCUCAGAGAUUAAGGAAAUGACUGUAAAAUCUCCCUCCAAAAAGGUCUUAUAUAGGGAAUAUGUCGUGAAAGAAGGGGAACGGCCGGGUGGAUCUCUUGAACAACCUCCCAGGAGAAGCGAGGGCUCUGCGGUGUCGCACAUCCCGGUCAGAGCUGCGGACGGAAGGAGAGUGCUGCCUUCUGACGUCCCCGACGGCUUCUGCGAACAGUCGACCUUCCCCCCGCAUGAACUAUCACAAAAGUUACCCCAGUCGAGUAUGAGUAAAGAGACGGUCGAGACGCAGCACUUUAAUUCUAUAGAAGAUGAAAAAGUUACUUAUUCAGAAAUCAGCAAAGUUUCCAAACGUCAGAGUUACGUAGGCUUAUGCCCUCCUCUCGAUGAAACCGAAACCUCUCCCACCAAAUCUCCUGAUUCCUUAGAGUUUAGCCCAGGAAAGGAAUCCCCCUCUAGUGAUGUGUUCGAGCACAGUCCCCUUGAUGGCUUGGAAAGAGUUGCUCCACUAGCCCAGACAGAGGGAGGGAAAGACAUAAAAACCUUACCCGUGUAUGUCAGCUUUGUACAGGUGGGGAAGCAAUAUGAAAAGGAGAUACAACAAGGAAGUGUAAAAAAGAUCAUAAGUCAGGAGUGUAAGACAGUACAAGAGACCAGGGGCACCUUUUAUACAACUAGACAGCAAAAGCAGCCUCCUUCUCCCCAAGGUAGCCCAGAAGAUGACACUCUAGAGCAAGUUUCCUUUCUAGACAGCUCUGGGAAAAGCCCCUUGACCCCAGAAACACCCAGUUCAGAGGAAGUGAGUUAUGAAUUUACGUCUAAGACGCCAGACUCGCUCAUAGCUUUUAUACCAGGCAAACCCAGCCCAAUUCCCGAGGUUUCUGAGGAAUCUGAGGAGGAGGACCAGGCCAAGUCAGCCUCCUUGAAGCAGACUACCGUGGAGGAAGCAGCCGUUGAGCGGGAAACGCCUACCGAUGUGAGCAAAGACUCUAGCCAAAGACCCAAAAGUAAUAGAGUUGCCUACAUCGAAUUUCCCCCUCCUCCACCACUGGAUGCAGACCAGAUGGAGCCAGAUAAGAAACAUCAUUAUCUCCCUGAAAGAGAGGUUGACAUGAUUGAAGUCAGUCUGCAAGACGAGCAUGACAAGUACCAGCUGGCCGAACCGGUCAUCAGAGUGCAGCCGCCUUCCCCAGUUCCUCCCGGGGCCGACGUCAGUGAUUCGAGUGAUGAUGAAUCGAUCUAUCAGCCUGUCCCAGUUAAAAAAUAUACCUUCAAGUUAAAGGAAGUAGAUGAUGAGCAAAAGGAAAUGACAAAAUCCAAAGCUCCUGCUGACAAGCCUUCCAACCAGAAAGACUUGGACAGUAACGAAUCUGGAAAAGAUAAUGAAUUUGGCCUUGGCCUCGAUUCACCUCAGAACGAAACUGCCCAGAAUGGGAACAAUGACCAGUCCAUCACUGAGUGCUCCAUCGCCACCACGGCCGAGUUUUCUCAUGACACGGAUGCCACAGAGAUCGACUCUCUGGAUGGCUACGACCUGCAGGAUGAGGAUGAUGGCUUGACAGAGAGUGAUUCUAAACUCCCAAGUCAAACCAUGGAGAUUAAGAAAGAUGUCUGGAACACGGAGGGCAUCCUGAAGCCUGCUGAUCGCUCCUUUAGCCAAAGUAAACUUGAAGUUAUCGAGGAGGAGGGAAGGAUGGGACCAGACGAAGACAAGCCACCUUCUAAAAUUUCCUCAUCUGAAAAGACUCCUGAUAAGACUGAUCAGAAAUCGGGGGCCCAGUUUUUCACACUAGAAGGCAGACAUCCUGACAGAUCAGUGUUUCCAGAUACAUACUUCAGUUACAAAGUAGAUGAAGAAUUUGCCACUCCUUUCAAAACCGUAGCUACCAAAGGUCUAGAUUUCGAUCCUUGGUCUAAUAACCGAGGGGAUGAUGAAGUUUUUGAUGGUAAAUCACGGGAAGAUGAAACUAAGCCAUUUGGUCUGGCUGUGGAAGACCGCUCUCCAGCAACAACCCCUGAUACAACGCCAGCCAGAACGCCAACUGAUGAAAGUACCCCAACUAGUGAGCCUAACCCCUUCCCAUUUCAUGAAGGGAAAAUGUUUGAGAUGACUCGCAGUGGUGCAAUUGACAUGAGCAAGAGGGAUUUUGUUGAAGAGAGGCUCCAAUUUUUCCAGAUUGGUCCACAGAGUCCAUGUGAACGGACAGAUAUCAGGAUGGCAAUAGUAGCCGAUCACCUGGGACUUAGUUGGACAGAACUGGCAAGGGAACUGAAUUUUUCAGUGGAUGAAAUCAAUCAAAUACGUGUGGAAAAUCCAAAUUCUUUAAUUUCUCAAAGCUUCAUGUUAUUAAAAAAAUGGGUUACCAGAGACGGAAAAAAUGCUACAACUGAUGCCUUAACUUCGGUCUUGACAAAAAUUAAUCGAAUAGAUAUAGUGACUCUGCUAGAAGGACCAAUAUUUGAUUAUGGAAAUAUUUCAGGCACCAGAAGUUUUGCAGAUGAGAACAAUGUUUUCCAUGACCCUGUUGAUGGUUGGCAGAACGAGACAUCAAGUGGAAACCUAGAGUCCCCUGCUCAGGCUCGAAGAAUAACUGGUGGGUUACUAGAACGGCUGGAUGACAGCCCUGAUCAGUGUCGAGAUUCUAUUACCUCAUAUCUUAAAGGAGAACCUGGAAAAUUUGAAGCAAAUGGAAGCCAUCCAGAAGUCACUCCAGAAACAAAGACAAAAUCCUACUUUCCAGAAUCCCAAAAUGAUGUAGGGAAACAGAGUGCUAAGGAAACUCUGAAACCAAAAAUACAUGCAUCUGGUCGUGUGGAAGAACCAGCAUCAUCAUUAGCAGUCUAUCAGAAAGCUCUAGAAGAAACCAGCAAGUUCGUAAUAGAAGAGCCUAAACCCUGUGUGCCUGUCAGUAUGAAAAAGAUGAAUAGGACUCCUCCUGCAGAUGGCAAACCAAGGCUUAACCUUCAUGAAGAAGAGGGGUCCAGUGGGUCUGAGCAAAAGGUCAAAAGUCCGGGUGCGGCUCUUACAAGGAUGACUGCCUGCUGUUACAAGGACUUGAAAGACAGUGAGAGUGAUUCAAGCUCAGAGGAAGAACGGAGAGUCACUACCCGAGUAAUUCGCCGGCGUUUGAUUAUAAAGGGAGAGGAAGCAAAAAGCAUUCCUGGUGAAUCUGUCACAGAAGAGCAAUUUACUGAUGAAGAAGGCAACCUCAUCACCAGAAAAGUAAUCAUAAUUGGGAUUUUAUGCUUCCCUUGGAAUUCAGAUUUUCUAUGGUUUGCUGUAGUGUCACCUUUUAAAAUAGAAAACAGGAAAAUCUCUACUUUUCACUAUUGCUUCCUACAGAUCACUCGGAAAGUAAUAAGACGCAUUGCUAUCCCACAAGAAAGAAAACAUGAUGACAUGCAGGGAGAAGGUUAUAAGGUGAAGACAACGAAGAAGGAAAUCCGGCAUGUGGAAAAGAAGAGCCACUCAUAACAGUAAACGGAUCAUGUGUUUUUACUGCCAGUAUUGAGAAAUUCAUGGAAGAUAUGUCAACAGGAAGUGAAAAUUUACGGAGAAGGGUGUGUGCGUUUGCUGCUUCCACACAUUAAUGGCAUGAUUUUUUUUUAUGCAAAAAGAAAAAAAAAAAGAAAACUACCCACAUUUUAAUUUAGCAUGAGCCAAUUUACAGAGCAUGGAAAUUCACUUUCAUUCCCAGGAUUGGCGCGUGUGCAAUUAGCAAUGCAGUGUAUAUACAAGAAGCCAUGCUGUUAACAGUUUAUCUUAAGUAAUUUGGUGUCAUUUACAAAAGGAAGAAAUUCCUGCCGCCAGAAGGGACAGAAGAUGGGAUGAUGAAAUCACAGAGAAACACUAAAAUUACUAACUCCACAACAGCUCGCCUUAUUUUUCUUGGACCCAAACUGUCAGGGUAUAAACACUAUUUGUUUCUUUUUUAAAACAUCUAUAGUUUUGCUGUAAAUAAUAACACUGUAUAAAUUCUAACAGAAAAAUAGAAUAAAUGUUGAUAAGGCACUGCCUCUUAGAACACAAACAGAAUAUUGCAAAUGCAUUUAACAUACAAGGGGUCUCAAGUGACUUCACCCUAGAAGAGGAGGGAGGGGUUCUGGGGAGGGGGGGAUCUUCACUGAUUCUUGUAUAUUAGCAAUUAUAAUGUUUGUAUAUGCAAAACUGCUAGCUUGAUUUUAAAAAAAAAAAAGAAAAACAAAUCUUUAAAAUCUGCUGCAAAUUUAAAUAAUUCCCAAAAUGAGGAAUUCUGUAGUUCUGUGAAAAAUUUUUUCUUCAGAAUACUAAUAUUUUGAUGCAUGUGUAUCACCUUAUUUUGAUUAAAUCUUUUCCAAUUUUGCAAACACUACAGUAUACUGCAACACAGAAGAUUUUAUCUGUAAACACAAAGCCCUUCAUCUAAUAUUUGUUGCUAUUGCCAAUUUUUCAAUGAAAUGACCUAAAAAUGAAAAAAAAAAAACCUAUACAGUAGUUGCUUUAGGGGGUGGGGGGUGCUGUUAGUGCUUAAAAGGGGGUAAUGCUUGCCGCUUUAGAGGUGGAUGGUGCUCAUAAGAGGCCCCAGUCGGGGGUAUUUAAAAUGGACUGAACCGAAAUUCUUAGCUAGUAGAAUGGCAGCACGCUGUACAAUUAUUACUGUAUCGUGUACUGGCUAUAAGAUGUAGACACCUUUGAAUAAGCCAAUCAUUUGUAACCAUUCUAGCAGUGUCAUAUUAGGUUAAUAAGGCUGCUGUGUUUUAAAGGGCAUUUUUAUUUGGGUUUUGGUGAAAUCCUUUAAUUUGUUGAUUAUAUUCACAUAAAAUCAGCAUUCAUUGACACAUAGCUCUAAUGACAUAUGUAUGAAAAACCCAUACACUGGAUGACCUAGUCGAUUAUUUAAGCAUAAAAUAAAUUGUGUUAAACUCUU